GAUAGUGGAGGCCGCCAACUAAUGGGCCGAUUUAAAUACUGUAAAGCUUGAAGACAAGGUCGGGGACUGGAUAUCGUUCCGUUAAUGGGUAUUAUCCAACAGAGCACCAUGAACCAGAACAUUAGAUGACCUUAUUCAUUUUGAUGGUUAUUCUUAAUUUUUCUGUUUUCUAAUCCCAUUUCUUCCAUCAAUCAAUUACACCCAUUUUCGCAGUUUUCGAAAUUUGUUUAUCGAAGCACAUUAUUUUGGGUUGAGAUAACGGCGAGGAGCUUCCAUGAAGAUUGGCGCCGGAGCGAUGUACGGAGCUUCACGCGCCCCCGCUCUGCCCACCCUAGUCCUGGGAAGUUACCGAACUAGCUCCCAAUGUUCUUCACCAUCCUAUUCAUAUAUUAACGAUCAUGCCUCAUUCAUCAAAGAUGUGGCAGCAACUCAGCCUCCUGAGCAUUUGCAUCAUUUGUUGAAAAUGCUGCGGAGUAGAGGUGAUCUCAUUAUUUCUCCUGGAGCUAAGCAAGGGUUGAUUCCCCUUGCCAUUCCUCUAUCUAAAAAUAACUCAGGUGUUAUAACUGCAUUGCUACGAUGGCCAACAGCUCCGCCUGGGAUGCAGAUGCCAGUGGUGGAGGUUCGUAAGCAUGGAGUGUGGCUUUUAGCCAAGAAUGUAGACCAACACAUUCAUAGAAUACUUGUUGAAGAAGAUGCCAGGGAUUCUGUGAGGAGCAAUGAACUAUUUUAUGCUUCUGCUGAUGCAGGGGAGAAACUUUAUAAAAAGGGUGACUUUGCCAAGUCUCAGAUUUCAAGUCUAGAUGCCUAUCUUUUGAGAAAGGUCGGGUUGUUUCCAGAUGUAUUAGAACGCAAGGUGAUGCAACAUGUUGAUAAAGGAGAUCAUGUUUCAGCUUUGGUAACUGGGGAGUUCUAUACCAAAAAGGAGCACUUUCCGGGAUUUGGACGGCCUUUUGUAUUUAAUGCAGAGGUUUUAUUGAAGGUUGGGCGUAUUACAGAGGCUAAAGAUGCUGCAAGGGUGGCCCUAAAAUCACCAUGGUGGACGUUGGGAUGCAAAUACCAGGAAGCUGCUAAAAUAGCACAAUGGGAGGAUGAGCAAAUAGAGUACAUGAAGGAGAAAGUGACGGAAGAGGGGAGGCAAGAAGACUUAAAGCAGGGAAAGGCUCCUGCUCAGGUCGCAGUGGAUGAAGCUGCUUUUUUGUUGGAUUUAGCGUCUGUUGAAGGGGCCUGGGAUGACUUUGUGGAGAGGAUUGCUGAAUGUUAUAAGGAGGCUGGACUUCAUGAUGUUGCAGCAUUUGUACUGCACAUGGAUUGAGUAUUGUUGAGUAUAGUUCACUGAAGGCUAAUUUGAAAUAUCAGUGACCGUUCCUAGUUCAUUUAUUUGGAAUAUAUACAGACAAAUUGGUUCAAAAUGCUUGGAGAUCAAGAGUUGUACAUCUAACCCUGUCCCAGUGUGUGCCAUUAGAAAACAGAAUUCUUACACUUGAGUUAAUAAGGGGUGUCAACCCAAGCACUACUAACACAAUUCUGCAAAUUAAUCAUAUCACAUGGUGAUGUUUUACCCUCGUUUUAACUUAAGCUUGUGUUCAGCUUACCAAAUGUUUAUUCCUUUCUUAUUCUAUAAGUGACUUCAUUUUAAA